AUGAAGUCUGCCGUUCUUGCUCUGCUCGCUGUUGCCGCGCAGGCAGCGCCCUCUACAGGCGACUGUUGCCGAAGCCUGUCUGCCGUAUUGCCAUCCAUCUAUCACGGUCCUUCAGCCGCAGACUAUGAUGAGCUCAUCACCGCUCGCUGGUCCGUCACCGCUAUGCAGCAUCCAGGCUGUGUGGUGACGCCCACCUCGGCCUACGACAUGUCCGCCAUUGUCAAGCUUCUCACGACCCAGCAAUGCCAGUUUGCCGUCAAGUCCGGAGGCCAUAAUCCCAACCCUGGUUUUAAUAAUAUCGACAAGGGAGUCUCCAUUGAUUUGAGGAGCCUCAACUCCACGUCCCUGGCCCAGGAUCGCUCUUACGUCAGCCUCGGAACUGGCCUUUCUUGGGGUCAUGCCUAUGCCGCCUUUGAAAAGGACAAAGUCGCUUUUACCGGAGGUAUUUGUGAGGACGUUGGUGUUGGUGGUCUUGCUGUCGGUGGUGGACAGUCGCUCUUCCAGGCCGGCAAGGGUUGGGUUGUCGACAAUGUUAUCGACUAUGAAGUGGUUCUAGCGUCGGGCAAAAUUGUUCACGCCAACCAAAAGGACAACUCUGACCUUUACAAGGCUCUCAAGGGCGGCAGCACCAACUUUGGCAUUGUGACCAAGAUCACCCUGGCUGCUUUUGACUUUGACGGCAUGUGGGGAGGCCAGCUGCUUCUCGCCUUGGACGGGCCCCAGGCUGGCCAUGAGCAAAUGAUUGAGACAAUUACCAACACGACUGUCGACUUUGUUGCCGAUAACCACAGUGAUAUCGACUCGGGUAUUCAGAUUGUCUCUACAUAUCUUCGCAACGGCACCAAGGUGGUCGACAUUGCGCUGUCCAACACGGCCAACAUCGCAAACCCGCCCGCGCUUCAGCCCUUCCUCAAGCUGCCGAAUCAGAUUGGAAAUACCAACCGUCAUGCAUCACUGGCUGAAUUGGCACACGAAACCAGCCUUGCCAUUCCUCGCGGCUUCCGCUACGUCACUGCGAGUGUGACUGUCUCCAACGACAAAGAUACCCUGCUCGACUUCUUCAAGGCGGCCGACGCCGUGUACGACGGCCUCGAGGUCAAGAAUCAAAUUGACUGGCUAGUCUCAAUUGUACCUCAGCCCCAGCUUCAGGAGAUGUACGCAAGGGAACGCGGCGGUAAUGUCCUCGGACUGCAGGAUGUCAAGGAAGAUCAGCUGGUUCUCUGGCUCGUCUCCCGGUGGAACGACGCCAGCCUCGAUUCCACAAUGGAGGAUGCGCGACAAAAGUUCAUUGAUGCCGCGGUGUCUGUUGGCAAGAAGCACAACACUUACUCCCCUUUCAUCUACCUGAACUAUGCCAGCCCCAAGCAAGACCCUCUCUGCGGCUAUGGAGCUGACAAUGUCGCCUUCAUGAAGAAGGCUGCCAAGAAGUAUGACCCGACUGGCGUUUUCCAGAAACUGCAGCCUGGAGGUUUCAAGCUCAGCCACGCUCAAUGCGCCUAG